AUGUCUUUAAUCACUGGUUCGAAAUUUCAAUGUUUGAACACAACUUGUUCACCAUUCGCUAAUAUCAUCACGUCGGCCAUUAUGAAGUGUCAAAUGGCUUGUUUAGCUCAAAUUUAUUGCAAAGCAGCCAGUUUUCAUCAAUCAACUGCUAAUUGCGAAUUAUUUACUGAUAUGUCAAAUGAAAUUGCAAAUAUGUUGGCUGAUACUGACAUUACUACUAUGGUUGUUAUUGCUGGAACACGAUAUCCACCUGAACCGACCACGACAACAUCAACAAAAAGUGCAACAACAAUAUCAACAACAUCAGUUACAACAACUAGAACAACAUCAACUGCAAUAUCAACUACAACAUCAACAACAUCAACUACAGCAACUACAACAAUAACUUCAUCAACUACUUCAACAACAACAACGUCAACUACAACAACAACAACAUCAACAUCAACUACAACAUCAACAUCAACUACAACAUCAACAACAUCAACUACAAUAUCAACUACAACAUCAACAACGUCAACCACAACAACAUCAACUACAAUAUCAACUACAACAUCAACAACAUCAACUACAAUAACUACAACAAUAACAUCAACAUCAACAUCAACAACAUCAACAACCACAUCAACAGCGUCAACCACAACAACAUCAACAACCACAACCACAACAUCAACAACAACAACAUCAUCAACCACAUCAACAACGUCAACUACAACAACAACAACUUCAACAACUACAACAACUACAACAUCAACAACAACAACAUCAACAACAACAACAUCAACAUCAACAACAACAUCAACAACAACAACCUCAAAAACAACGUCAACAUCAACCACGACAUCAACUACGACAACAACAACAACAACCAGUACAACAACUCCGUAUAUGUACGAUCCGUCCAGUCUCUGGAGAUUUGAUAAUAAUACUUUAGAUAGUAUUGGAAAUCUCAGUGGAGUAGCGAUCAAUUCGCCUAGCUAUGUAACACCUGGCAUUACCGGUAGUGGAUAUGCGUUGAGUCUUAUUCGUAAUAAUGUUCAAUACAUAACAAUAGCUACAUACCAGAAUUUCUCUUAUGUCAGUUUUACCGUGGAAAUGUGGUUUUAUCUUACUUCAUCAAACCCAAACAAUUAUGGACUCUUCUCUCAACUUGAUAACGGAACAACUGAUCAUGAAAUACUUUUUAUGAUUAACAAUGGUCACAUCUAUAUGAGUUUUUUUCAGGAUGAUGCUCCUGGUACAACUUCAGUGUCAACAAACACUUGGUAUCAUGCAGCUUUUGUCUAUGACUAUCCAUCACGAACACAAAUCGUGUAUUUGAAUGGAUAUCAAGAUGGCAUUCAUACAUCAGCUGGACCAUAUUUAGGCAUGGCUGGUGCAAUAACUAUUGGAAUGUAUAUUGAUUAUGCCAAUACACUUCAAUGUUUCAACGGCUAUAUAGAUCAAGUUUCGCUAACGAUGCGAAGUAAAACUGCUACGGAGAUUCUUGGCGAUGCUACAUUAACUACAUGGCAUUCAUUUGAUAGUACACCAUAUUUUGAUACAGGUCCACUUGGACUUAAUGUAAAAGCUGUUAAUAUUACUUCAGUAUCUGGUAGAGUGAAUCAAGCAAUAAGUUUCACUUCAAGUUCAUCUUAUUAUCAGGUAAAUGGAUUUGUCCUCCUGGGAAUUUCAAACAGCAGCUUUUCAAUUUCUCUCUGGGUUAAUCCAGCAACAAGAAAUGGAUCAACUCUUGUUCACCUUUCAACAACAACAAAUGGACAAGGAUGGUGUGUGGAUUUGAUGGGGUUUUCCUCUACUGGUCAAAUAAUAGUCACCGGUUGGUCUACUACAUAUCUGCAAGUGGUAGGCCCUAUUCUACCCACUAAUAUCUGGACGAAUGUCAUCAGCACUUAUUCAACAACAAAUGGUGUUCGAUUAUAUGUCAAUGGAACGUUAAUUGGUACCACAGGUCCAAUGAAUUAUCUUGCUUCACAAUUAGUAAACAUUCUAACGUUAGCCAACCCCCUGCAAGGCGUUAGUGGUGGUGGUGGAUGCACUUCAUUGUCUAUUGUUCCAAGUAUUUAUUUGGGCUAUUUAGACGAGUUUCGUGUGUAUUCUCGCGAAUUAAAUGGCACAGAUAUUCAUGCACUUGCAAAUCCUUAG